GGCUGGUUCACUUUGGAUGACUGGAUCUCUGGAUAAAUUAUCAAUACGAUUUUCAAUCAAGACACAACUGGAACUUUUGCCCCUUUGGGCGAGAAUAGGUUCAGCCAGAGGCUGUUAUACGGAGGUGAAACUGGAGCACCGGGAACGAUUGUCUGAGCCCCCCAGGCGAGCGGAGGGGGCGACAGCUGGGCCUCCUGGCAGAGCAGCAGGCUGGAGACGAUCUGGGGAAGAAGGCUACUGGGAGAGCCUGAUGUCAGAGGUGGAGGCCUUGCCCCACACUCCCAGACCUCAGAGCUGCAUCGGCGGGAUCGGGGUGGAGGGCUGGCUGCAGCAGCUGGAGCGGGUGCAGGGCCUCCCUCCCACCCAUGCCAAGAUGCCACCUCUCUCAGACCGGACCGUGUCCAUGCCCACCCUGCACGGUGGGGCCCUCGUUCGGCAAUACCCACACCAGGCCCGUGGGCGGGACUGCGCCCCUCGUAAGCCCAUCAGCCGGCACAAGGCUCCACUGGGCAGCGAGGAAGACCUCUUCACCCCUCCUGGCCGAUGGGAGAGGGCUCGUUUCCGGAGCUUUCCUCAGGUGGAGCCGGUGAGGGUCUCCGCACUGGCCUCGGUGAAAAACGGCUGGCUGCCCGUUCAGAAGAGGGCCGUGGUGUGUGACAUCACCUGCCAGACCCCGUCCCUGAAGGACUCCACCUGUCAGGAUCAAUAUAAGCUUUCCAUCACCACCAGUAGCCCCAAAUGCUAUACGAGAAAGAAUGGGUUUGACUAUACAGAAGGGGAAGCAAGAAAUAAGAGCAGUACACAGGCAAACUGCAUGGACCCCAGAACUCGGAGGGUAUCUGGACAAGCCUCACCGAAUAUUACUCAGGCCUCAAACCUGGCUUUGCCGGAGGGCGAUUCGCCAGUUGGCCGGGAGAGGUGGAAGAAGGGAUGGGUAGAGAGGAGGGCGGCGUUUUUCACCGAUGGGAUUCAUUCUGGUGACCACACCGCCAUGCCGCGCAGACACAGCCCUCUCCAGAGAACAGCAGGCAUUUCGGUAUGCUCGCGCUCCACAGCGCCCCCUGUUGGCAUGGAGAUUCUGCCUACGAAGCGGGGGUUUUCCUCCAUCACGGGCACAGCCCACAGAGCCCCCCGGUCCCAUGUGACCCCCUCGAGCUCUGGGACUGCAGCCAAAUCGGAGGAGAACUCGAAAAUCGAAAGCCCGCCAGUGAACCGCCCCGGCGAGCCCAUUGUGUGGAGGAGACGGGCGUCCGCCAUAAAGGCGACGGACAUCGGGCGGAGCGAGACCGGCCCAGGGAAGGGGCCUCGCGAGUUCAGGCACAGCUACACCGAGGGAGACGGAAAGGACGACGCUUUCUCUCGUUUCUGCCAAAGGAGCGGAGGAACACACCCCGCCCAGACCUCCACCUGCACACCGGGGUCCGCUAACGCCGCCCCGCACCCGUGCAGGCCUCGCUCCUGCUCCCUGGCGGACGCGGAGGUGAGCGGAGAGAAGCUCUACAGGUCCUCCCUGUCCCUCUACUUAUGCAGACCCUCCUCGGGAGACCCGGGGAGACCCCCGCGGCCCCUGAGCUUCGCCGGAGCUUUCCGCCACGCCGACCCCGGCCUGGGCGGGGCUCCGCUUCCGGCCGUGAAGCAACCAAGCCGCGCGACUCCAGAAAAAGCUAAAACAGGCGGCGGGAGAGAUGCCGCCUGCGGUGUAAACACAAGGCCGCUCUCCGCCUGCCUGCCUGGUGCGGGGGUGAACGCUGAGUCCUCCCAACAAGAUGUGGGCACCAGGCAGAGGCUCGGCCUUCACCCAGGCCAGAGGUGGAGCCUGGAGUCUGCUGCUGUAAAACCGCAAGAAAGUGGUUCACAUCAAAGCGCUGAAGCCAUUUUGGCUCUGAACGCUGCCUCCAUUAUCGCCAACAUAAAACUCCAAACACGGAUCAACAAGAUGGCCAGCCUUCGUUCGCAGCAAGAGUCCAAGAAGGUCCCGGAACCGGGAAAUGAGAUGGUGGAGGAUUCUGGGAGCCAUGAGAGCAGUCCCCCUGAUGCGGGGGUGGUCAGACGAGCCCCAGGCAAUGCUGGGAGGAAGGCACGGCCACGCCCAAUUCACUGGCAGGAGCCUCUCUCUCACCAGCAAGAGGACAGUGCUGCCCCGUUAACUUUAAGAGAGGCCCUGCAGCUCCUGAGACCAGGCUUCAUCAGACGCUCCCAGCGUCGGGUCAGGGAGGUCGAGCAGCGGGCACUGAAGAGGAGGGCCUGGCAAGGGACCAGGAGGGCCUGCCGCACCGAGCCAAAUCCCCCCAGUGACACCCAUUCUAAACUUGCCGACAGAGCCAUUGCGGGGAAGGAGAAGUUGCUCAGAUCAAAGAGCAGUGCAGCUGACAUGAACAGACAGGACGAAAAGAAGAAAGUGGUGUCACAGGCGAACCGACUGCGGGCUGCGGCUUUUAAAAAGAAGGGCCUUUGCUGGAGCGGUGACGGAGGCACGGCGGAGUUCUACGAGGGCGGAGCGGAGAACCCUCCCACGGGCCUGUUCUGUCACGACCGAGCCGGAGACAGGGAAUUGGGUCUGGUGUCCUGGCGUAGGCAACAGAGACAAGGGGGACAGGUGGAGCCGGCAGGGGGGCUGACACCGCACUGCGGGGAUGGAUACCAGAUUCUUCGGAGGAACUUGGACUGA